ACAGUCUGAGAGUCCAGAAACCGCUGUUUGGUCCUAUUCGCGGCUUUACAAGACACAUCUGCUGCCAUGGUGAAUGAGAAGCACAAUGGCACCCUGCUCGUGCAGCUGGGGCCCAAACUGCAGGCCUACCCAGAGGAGCUGCUCCGGCAGCGGCGAGGCCACGACGGCCGGCCGGAAUACCUGGUCCAGUGGAGCGUCGUCAGCUUGGAAGAGAGAGCAGCAGGAGGCAGCAGUGCCUCCUGUGCAGAGACCAAGCCAGAGCACAUCUCCAUGUGGAUGUCUGCAGAAGAGGUCGGCGCCAGCUGCCCGGCGCUGCUGGGCCGGAGGAGGCCGGAAGGGCCGCGGCUGAAAGAGGAGAAGGCGCCCGGUCCGUUGGCCGCGGACGUGGCGCUGGACGAGGCCUCGCUGCUGGAGAUGAAGGCCGAUGUCAGGAGCCUGGUGCAGCGAGCCGGGCGCCAGGUGGCCGAGGCCGGGACGCCCGAGUGCUCCAUCCUGAGCACGGUGCACGUGCUGGGCGCCUACGCCAGCAUCGGCUCCCUGGCGGGCGCCUUCAGGGAGAUGGGAGCCCUGGACCUGCUGAUGAGGAUGCUCUGCCACAAGGAGAAGCAGAUCCGCCGCAGUGCCGGCGAGAUGCUGCGCGCUCUGGGUGCCCACGAUGCAGGGAGCCGGGCCUAUGUCCUGCUGUCCCUGAGCCAGCAGGAUGGCAUUGAGCAGCAGGUGGACUUUGACAGUCGCUGCACCUUGCUGGAGCUGUUUGCUGAGAUCAUGUCCUCUGCAGAGCACUGCAUGUCCUUCGAGGGGAUUCACCUCCCGCAGAUCCCUGGGAAGCAGCUGUUUGUCCUGGUGAAGCGCUACCUGUGUGUGACUUCUCUCCUGGACAAGCUGAGCAGUGGCGUGGAGCAGGGAGAGGAGCAGCAGGGCUGUGCUGUGCCCAGCCCUGUCCCUGAGGAGAGGAGCCGUGUGAAGCAGGAGUUUGAGUUCAGCAUGGCCAUGGCAAACCUCAUCUCGGAGCUGGUGCACGUGAUGGGCUGGAGCCACAGCCACGAGGCAGAGCCACUGCCCCAACGGGACCUGCAGCCUCGUCCCGCCCGCUCCAUCUUCCAGCACAAGGCCUCAGCCAGCUCUGCUGCCGAAGCAGCCCCCACAUCCCCAGCAAAGGAGCCUGUGACCUUCAAGACGCGCUCGGCGUUCCCGAGCCGCAGCAGCUACGUGGAAUACGUGCAGGCCACGCUGGUGAGCGGCAUGCGGGUGCGCAUGCUCGAGGACUACGAGCAGGUCAGCGCCGGCGACGAGGGUGACUUCCGCCGCAGCAACGAUGGCAUGCCCCCAGUGCAGGUGUACUGGCAAGCUCUGGGCUGCACGUACUGGGUUCACUGGCACAUGGUCGAGAUCAUUGGCCCAUCAGAGCAAAAGGAGCUUGAGGGCCAGGAGAAGGUGAACACCCUGACACGAAACCACAGACUGAGAGCAG